AAUAAAAUAAAACUCAGACGUCAGAAUCCCUCUGCUCCGCAUUCAAAACCCUUUUCAGUUUUCACUUCAGUCUCAGGAUCCUAAAAUUGGAAGCCCUUGGAUAAGUCGGAGAAAAUGGCGAGUCUUGUAUCUUCGGACUCAGAGGCCGAGUCGAAGGACUCGGAAUCAAGCUCGGACUCUGAGGAACCUGCAAUAGAAACUCGGGGAAAGGGGAAAAUUUCACACUACGAGAAACAAAGACUGAAGAGAAUCGAAGAGAACCGAGCGAGAAUGGAAGCAUUGGGCCUUCGCAAAAUGACAGCUUCCUUAAUGGGUUCGAUUUCAAAGGCUCAAAAGAAAGUGGGUGACAAGAAGGGCAAGAAGAAGGUGGGUGCUGAGGAAGAUGAUGAGUACAAACCCUCUGAAGGUGAAGAGGGUUUGAGUUCUCCAGGUGAAGAAGAUGAAAAUGAUAAUGGCGGUGAUGGAUUCUCCAAGUCUGUGUCAAACAAGUCCAAAAUUAAAAAGUCUACUCCGAAGAAGGGAGCUUCAAAUAAUCAGCCUGUUAGUGAAUCAGAUUUUAUGAACGACGAUGAUGCUUUGAUGCAGGCAAUUGCUCUGUCACUACAAGAUUCUGCUGGUUUUUUAGAUGUGAGCAAAGCACCUAAUAAAAGUGCUGGUGCUCAUAUCACAGGUGAAAAUCAUAGAGAGAAGAAAGUAGACUCCAGCACCCCAGAAGGCACAGGAAAACGGAAGAGAAAACAAUCGAUCAGAAACCGGGUGCAAAUGACUGAAGAUGAAUUCAUUUUACACUUCUUUCAGUUUGAUGAGGCAGGAAAAGGGAGCAUAAGUGUGAGAGAUUUACGAAGAGUAGCAGCUGCACAUGAUUUUUUAUGGUCAGAUGAAGAACUAGGAGACAUGAUACACUGCUUUGAUGUUGAUGGAGAUGGAAAGCUUAGCCUUGAAGAUUUUCGCAAGAUUGUUAUUCGAUGCAACAUGAUGGUUAGUGUUGGAUGAUUUCAUCCAUGUUGUGGUCAAGCAUUUAAUCAAGGAAAGCGUUGUUUGCAGUAAAAGCUUUUUACUAGCAUGAAGUACAACUACUCGAUUAGGGAAUCAUUUGAUAGACAUGGAUUCGAGUGGAGGGCUUCUGGUCUUCAAACUCAACUCAACUACCCCUAGCUAAUGCUGUCUUGUAUGGCUUGAAGUUUGAUAUUUUGAUUGGGGAGAGUAUUGGAGAACGAAAACAUUAGUUAUUGCCUUAUAUUGGUUAUAUUAGUGUAAAGUGAAGCCGAAGACUAGCGGACAUUGAUGUCAUGUUUGGUAGGUUGUAAUUGUAAUUCAGCUAUUGCCUAAAAUUUUUUUGGGCAAAUUAUACCAUGGGCAAUUGGGUCUACCUUGCAUU